CAGCCAUUCAGCCGGCAAUAGAAAAGUAAGAGACUAAACAAGUUUCCGCAGUUUGUUUGUAAAUUGUAUUUUGAGCGACCGAAACACAGAAAAACAGGCUGUUCAGAAGCGGAUUUAGCCUUAUCUGUGGUUUUUCAGGUUUUGCUCAAAUAUUGAGAUAAUAAUAAUUUCCAACACGGAGAUGAUGGCAAUGUUGCUCUGGAGUCGAGCCUAAGAUUUUUGCUGCACUUCUAUCAACGAUAUGAACCCUGAAGGCCCUCCUGGUGAUGGGAAGAGCUGGCGAGGUCGAGGCAAACGGCAGCCAAGUUCCGCUAACACAGACAGUCCUCAGGUUUAUGCAGGCAGAGGCAGAGGUUUUGGUGGCCAGAUGCAGCAGCAGAACUGGAGACGAGGUGGAAGACCCAUAACAUCACUGGAUGACGACCCUCCUCCGCGAGCCCCUGGUGCGAGCGGUGCUGGCAGAGGACACGGCUGGCAGAGGAAUAAUGAGAACCCUCAGAAGCGGUCUUACAACUUGUCAUACACUAGACUUGAUGCAUUGUCCAAAGAUCCGAGCAACAACAAUGUGGUGCUCACCCUGUCCAACAGCGACUACAAUUUCGAGACCUUAGUGAAAGAUGCCCUUCGAGAAGAUCUCUUCUUCCUGGUGAUCAAAGUUUUGGCCAAAGUCUGUCAAUCCGACUUUACUGAGAACAAAAUCAAAAUCAUGACAGCUGCAUGUUCAAGCUACAAGUUCAUGAACCACUUCCCUAUUCAGUUGAAUAACUUGGACGAGCGUCCCACUGACCAGUUGAAGGAAUUGAUCUACAACAUUAUCAUUUUCUUUGAAAGUGCUUCUGAAAUGCUGCCUUAUGCUUGUUUCGAGGCCUUGGGUUCAAUGAAAAGCACUCACUUCAGUAUGCUCGGACUUAGUCAUACAAAAAAUCUGGGCCUUGAAACAGACGGCUCGCUUGCAAAGUUCGAAACAAUCAUCAACGAGGUAAAGACAAAAACUGAAGAGCAAAAGCAGCCCUUGAAGCCAAGGUCUGAAAUCUGGAAGGAGCGGAAAUUGAAGGAACACGACUUUGCUCCGCCAAAUGACUUCCGAGAAAUCCAGGUCUACCCCAAGCCCGAGGAGGUUCUGUGCCAGGAAAAGCCAUUCCUUAGAGUUAACCUGGUUGACCGCACCUACGCAGACGUUGAUCACUACCUGGAUGUGCAGUUCAGACUGACAAGAGAAGAUUUCAUGAGGCCACUUAGGGAUGGAAUCGACGCCAUGAACUCCCAGGACAGAAAGAAAAUGAAAGAGGCCAAUGUGAAAAUGUAUGAGCACAUCCAGUUUGUGCGUAACAACAGCCGCUUGAUUCCGCAAGAGUUGACCAAGAAAAAGAAGGACCGAGAUGAUGAAGGCGUCCUGAUAUACCUGAACUUUGAAAAGAACAAGCAAAUGAAGAAAGUUGAAUGGGAGCACUGCCGCCGCUUCAUGUACGGUUCCCUCUUGUGCUUUACAAAGGACAAGUUUCAGAGUUUGCUGCUUGCAACCAUCAUCGACCGGGACCUGGACUUCCUAAGAAAGGGCUUCAUCCGAAUCCAGUUUUGCGAACCUGUUGCUGAGAAUAUUUACAUGGCCGAAUACACAAUGAUUGAGAGUGAAAUUUUCUUUGACCCUUACUACCAUGUGCUGCGAACGCUGCAGACACUGCAGAAAGAAGACUUUCCCCUUGCUGAAUACAUCGUCCUCUACCAGAAAGACGUGUUUCCUCCUCGCUACCUGGAGGUUGAGCCGCAAGUCCAAUAUCGAUUCCCAAACUUUCGCUAUCCUGUCAAUGUCCUAGACGCCGAAACCUGGCCUCAACAUGAAGAUCUUGAUUUGGACAUUUCUCAGUAUCGAGCUCUGUACAUGGCCCUGACUCGUGAGCUGGCAGUCAUUCAAGGUCCUCCAGGGACUGGCAAAACCUUCAUUGGUCUCAAAAUUGCCCAAAUCCUGGUUGAAAACAGAGCUGUCACAUCAAGGAAAACUCCAAUUCUGGUUGUUUGCUUAACAAACCACGCCCUUGACCAGUUCUUAGUGGGCAUCAGCAAGUUCACCAGCAAGAUUGUCAGGAUUGGAGGGCAGUCUAAAAAUGAGGAAAUCUCGAAAUUCAACCUACGUCUGCUGAGGCGGCACUCGAAACUGCACUCGGCUCGUUAUGCAAAUAGCAAACAGGAAAUUGCUGCAAACAAGAAGCAGCUGAAUGACAUUGAUCUGAGUUUGAAAGAAAUCACAAAAGGCAUCGUUUCCUAUGAGCAUCUGCACAAAUUGGGCAUUGCACCGGCAAUGUUCCUCAAUGAUGCCCAAUUCCUGAUCUGGCUUCUGUGCAAGCAAGUAGAGGCCAAGCCGAGCUGCAUUGGUGCUCUCAAUUUCACACUCACACUUAAUGAGUUGGAAUUCCAGCUGGGAGAGCUGGAAGAUCAGAGGAGCAGAGAGCGUGACCAUAAGUUGCUGGGCAGUUUAAACCACAAAAUCAGAGAUGCAGGGGUGUUGAUUGAACUGGUGAGGAAUAGGUUGGAGACGACUGCGCCCAUGAGUGACAAGGAAGCAGAGCAGGUGAAGAAAAGGAAAAUGAUUGAAAUUCCAGUGGACCAGCGCUGGCAGUUGUACAAGCAAUGGCUUCGGGUGCUGGAAAAUGAGUUUUUGCAAAGGAUCUCGGAAUUUGAGAGAGACAUAGCCAUUCUUGAAAAGCAGCAGGGCGAACUCCAGGAAGUCGAAGAUUUAGAAAUCCUGCGAGAAAAUGAGGUUGUUGGAAUGACAACCUCCGGCGCCGCUCGCCUCCAUGGGCUGCUGAGGAAAUUGGGAACUGAAAUUGUGAUUGUUGAGGAGGCUGCUGAAGUGAUGGAGCCACAUGUUAUUGCCUGCCUUACAAGCAGCUGCAAACACUUGAUCCUAAUUGGCGAUCACAAACAACUGAGACCUAAUAUUGCUGUGUAUCAACUGGCUAAGGAUUUCAACUUUGACAUCUCUCUUUUUGAAAGAAUGGUGAAUAGAGCUCCUGAAGAAUGUGUCACUCUGGAGGUUCAGCAUCGGAUGGCUCCUGAAAUUGCACAACUAAUCGUCCCUGCUAUCUACCCAAAACUCUUGAAUGACUCGAGCGUCAAAUCGUACGAGACUGUAAAAGGCGUUUGCAAAAGGCUCUACUUCAUUGAUCAUAAAAACAUGGAAGAAAUGACUGACGUUGACUCUCACAGUCGAAUUAACAAGUUUGAGGCAGAGUAUGCGUUGGCCCUUUGCAAACACCUUGUUAUGCAAGGUUACAAAGCGUCUGAGAUCACCAUCCUGGCAACAUACAGGGGUCAAAUGUUCCACAUCCGAAAGGAUAAGAGUAAAUUCCCAAUUUUGGACGAAGUGUUGGUGACUGUGGUCGACAACUACCAAGGCGAAGAGAAUAAAAUUAUCAUUCUCUCUCUGGUCAGAAGCAACUCGGAACAGAGAAUUGGUUUCCUCAAGAUGGAAAACCGAGUCAAUGUGGCUGUGUCGAGGGCUAGGCAUGGCCUGUUCAUUCUUGGCAACAUGCAGUGCUUGGCUGGCCCUGAAAAUGGUACAAUUUGGAAGGAUUUUAGGAAGACGUUGGUUUCCCAAAAUGCAAUGGGACAUUCUCUGCCUUUGCAGUGCCAAAAUCACCCCGAUAAGAAGUUUUCUAUCUCAGACCCAAAAGACUUUGCCAAACUCUCUCCACAGGGUGGAUGCAACCAGAUUUGCCUUGUGCCUCUACAGUGUGGUCAUCAGUGCCAAUCUGUCUGUCACACACUCCACCAGGAUCACAAAAACAUGAAAUGCACUGCUCCUUGUGAGCAAUUGUGUGAUGCCGUGGUGCAUAAGUGUCCCAAGAAGUGUUACGAGGAGUGCGGCACAUGCCAAGUCAUUGUCACCAGGAAGCUGCCUUGCGGACAUGAAGCGUCCUUCCCCUGUCAUGCCGACACCGAUGGCUACAAGUGCCAGAUCAAAAUGAAGAAGCUUUUCUCUCUUUGUGGCCAUUUCAAUACAGUCAAAUGCUGCCAAGAUCCUUUGAGAACUCCUUGUCCCGAAAAAUGCGACCGAAGACUUGACUGCGGUCAUAGAUGCGAGGACAAUUGCCAUGUCAAACACGACCCUGACCAUCUCAAAUACCAGUGCUCAAAGACAUGCAACCAAGUCAACCCUAAUUGUGCCUCUGGGGACCAUAGGUGUGGCAAGAAGUGCCAUGAGGAUUGCGAGCCUUGCAACGUGAUGGUCGUGAAGCUGAGGAAGUGUGGUCAUGAAAUCAAAGUGUUGUGCCAAAGUGACCCAGACAGCCAUGGAAUCUGCCACAAAAAGUCCUGCGAGCGGACUCUUAAAUGUGGCCACAAAUGCAGCAAGCCUUGUAUGGAGAAUUGUGAUCCUUGCAUGACUGAGGUUAAUGUUAAACACCCCAUCUGCGGUCAUGAAAUUACUAAACGCUGUGGAACCUCCUUUGCCGACAUCAUCUGCAAAGAAAAAUGUGGCAAACUGAUGACGUGUGGCCACGUCUGUGAGGAUGUCUGUGGACGACAGUGUGACACAUCCAGGUGCUCCAAGGGGGUUGCCGAAGUGGUGGCCGAGUGUGGUCAUUAUGUUGAUCUUUACUGCUCAGAGUACCGUGAUGGAACGAGGCAGCCUAGGGACAACUUGAGAUGCAAAAACCCUUGUGGAGCUGAGCUGGCUUGUAGCCAUCCAUGCCCUGGAACUUGUGGAACUUGCUACCAAGGAAGGUUCCACGUGCUAUGUGACAAGCCCUGUGGCAGAAACUUGAUUUGCAAUCACACUUGCAAGGAAAUGUGUGCAGAAUCCUGUCCGCCUUGCCAUGAAAAGUGCACGUUCAGAUGUGAGCAUUCCAAGUGCCCAAAAAAAUGUGGGGAACCUUGUGUUUCUUGCAAGGAGCGUUGUUCCAUUGGUUGUGUGCACCGCAAAUGCAAACGUAUUUGUGGUGAUAAGUGUGAUGUUGAUCCUUGUAAUGAGCCGUGCACAAAGCGCCUCAAGUGUGACCAUGAAUGUGUUGGCCUUUGUGGAGAGCCGUGCCCUCCACUGUGCAGAAUUUGUGACAAAGAAGAGCUAACUGAAAUUCUGUUUGGAGAUGAAGAUGAACCUAACGCUAGAUUUGUGUACUUGCCCGAGUGCAAACAUUGCAUAGAGGUGAAAGCUAUGGACAAAUUUAUGAAAUUGAGCAAAGCAGAUGAACAACAGGAAGGUGGAGAAAUUGGAGUCAAUGUUUGUCCCAAGUGCAAGUCGAAGGUUACUGCGGUUCGUUACAACAACAUCAUCAAAGCGAACUUGGAAAAUGUCAACAAAGUCAAGGAAAAAUACUUUGGAGACCGUGCCAGCAACGAUAAAAAAAGAAAUUUGCUCGUUGAGCGUACUACAGACAUUCUGUCAACUCAUAUUACUUUGGAAGACGAUUUCCUGGAGCUGCAUUUCUGCCUGACAGACCUUCUCAAUUCACUUAUGCCCGAGGUGGCAGGUCGCAAAAAUGUGCUGCACGCCUACAACCUCAAUGCAAGGGAGAUUGAGGUUGACAUUCUGACAGGAAUCUGCAAAACAUGGGGCAAGUGCAAGUCACCAAUCGAGAAAGAAGGAAUCACAAAUCAGAUCAACUUCCUGUUGCAAAUCUUUGAAUCAAAGAAGAGACGAGUAGGUCAGCAGCAAGUUGACGACUUUCUUCCAGAGCUGACUCGACUCGAAUACAUGAGAGUAUUCCUCUCAUUCAAAGACAAAGUUACUUUCUACAAAGAAAUUGAGCCACUCAUUAGAGAAGGAAUGGCAGUAGACAAGAACUCAAAAUUCACAAAAUCCAGCGAGGCUAAAAUGAAAAAUGUGAGAGAUAAACUGGCAAACGUCUGUAAGAACAUCCCUGGCUUGGGAAUCACGGAAAUUGAGCGAGUCCAAAUUGUACAGGCUAUUGGGCUUACCCCAGGGCACUGGUUUUCAUGCCCCAAAGGGCAUGUCUAUGCAAUCGGUGAGUGUGGAGGAGCCAUGGAACGAUCCAAAUGCCCUGAAUGUGGCUCCACCAUUGGUGGUGGUAAUCACGCUCUAGAUGCAGGAAACCGUCACUUUGGAGGCAUGGAUAGGUCCCGUCACGCAGCUUGGUCCGACCAAGCCAACAUGGAAAAUUACAAUUUUGAUUAACGGCUGUGCCUUUUUACAGGCUGUAAUUCUACAUCUAAAUAUUUCAAAAUAAAGUUUAUAUUGUAAUA